UUACAGGCCCAGCAGCGCCACCUGGUGUUGUUGGUGGUGGGAUUUUUCUCCGCGUGCUCACUCAAGACGAGAGCUAAACUUUCCAUCAGAGAAGAGGACUUUCCCUUUCUCCGCGUUGACUUGGGCCUAGCCUACUUCGUUCGUUGAAAUUCAUUGAAGAAAGCAAGUCCCCCUUUCAAAUAUUUUUUUUUGUCCAACUAUUGCUUAAUUCCAUCCUUGUGCCGUUUCAAAGUUUUUGUCUGUGCACAAUCCUCUUCCUCUACCACAAUGUCUCAGAAGAUUCCUUCAGAUAGUGGUCAGAAAGGGUUUGCUGUGGGGAGGGGCCUCCUAGCAGCUGCUGAGACCUUGAACUACAGCAUGGGUGAGCAACGCUCUGACGGCCUCCAGGGCUCCUCCAGACAGCUCAACAGCAUGGUCUCUGGCAUGGGUGGUGUUGGAGAUGGCCAGGACCGUAACUUGCAGCUUUCCCAACGGGGCGGAGCGAGUAGCCACAUUGGAAACACCAUGAAGUUGUUUGCCAGCUUAGGCCUGUCGCCUACCGACCUGGAUGCGUUGGCGCAGAUCCCAGAAGAGAACAUCAGCGUGGAGACCUUGCCGCACCUUAUCAUGCAGCUGAAGAACCGCAAGGGAGAUUCCAACAGGCACAUGGUGGGCAACCCCAGGGACCUGCCCUCCAUUUCCUCAGAAGACUCCUACAGGACCACAAGGGACAACUGGGAUGACAUGCGCAGUGGACGGCUUGGCACAUCCAUGGGGCAGUCUUCAGCCCGCGGCCAGCAGGGAGACUUAAGUUACGGUUCCAUGCAAAAUGUCACCGGAGCCCGGGGUUAUGAGUUAGAAUACAACAGUAGCAACAACAGCGGCGGCGGUGGGGGCAGGGAGCGGCAGUAUUCUGAGCUUUCCCAUGACCACUACGGUGGAAUGGGCAUGGGCCCUCCAGCGUCCAACAGUGUCUUUAUGCAAAGACGGAUGGGCUCGCCGUCACAGGGCAAAGUCCAGGACUACUUAGGAGUCAUGCCUCACAUGUUCCCCCAUGUGUGCUCUCUUUGUGACUUUGAUGUCCAUUCCAUCAUGGAGUGGAAUCAACACUCAAAUGGGCUACGACAUGCAGAGAACCAGAGGCUGCUCCUCCAAAUAUACCCUGAUUGGAACCCUCCCAUGGCCCAAAGCAGAAGCUCUGAGUCACAUGUGCUGGAUACAAGCAACCUUUCACGGGGAUUGCUGGGAGCCGCCCCCAUGACCACCGGACAGCAGAACAGGGGCAUGCCCUCCAGCUGGGGUGGUGUCACUGGACAUGGUCAUGGCAAAGCUCAGGCAUAUUCGGCACAGCCUAAGAUAAGAAGCAGAGUUGUGGUGGCCAAGUAUGAUAGGAAGCUCCCCCCUCAGAAGAAGCUGUUCGCUUUGACUCAACCUUUCGGGACCCUUUGUGAGCACCUAGUGCUUAAAACCAAGGCUUUUCUGGAGAUGCAGACACACAAGGAAGCUUUGGCCAUGGUCAACUACUACAAGCGAAAACCAGCAAACAUUUUCGGCCAGGAAAUCACCUUCUAUCUAUCCAAGGAACUUAUGGUGAUUGAGAAAGACGAAAGGAACAACAGGCCCAGCCAAGUGGUCUUCUUCUCCAACCUCCCAUGGGAGGCAGAGAAGAAGAUGGAACUCCUCACCAUCGCCAAACGAUUCGGCACCGUGGAGAAACACCUGUUCCUAAAGGAGGAGGCGUUUGUCCAGCUUGGGACUCCUGAGGAUGCGCAGAUGUUGGUGAAGUACUACACUCUCAACCCCCUCACCAUCAAAGGCAGGGUCAUCCGCCUUAACAUGUGCACCAAGUACAAGACUCUAAAUGUGAAAAGUUCUAAAAGUGGGCAGGGCUGGUCGGGGGAGGAAAGGGGCAGAAAGUCCAGCACCAGCAGCACUGGGACCAAAACCUAUUCAAAGGGCUCCUCUGUCUCUGCUGCUGAGGACAAGGAGGAGGAGUCGAAGCUGGCAGGGGGAGAAGGAUCAGGAGAUGAGGUAGUUGGAGUGGUGGAGGGGGAUGAGGCGGAGGGCGAGGAUUCCGGAACACAACAGGUUGACAAGGAAGACGUAGCUGAACUUCUAGGGGAUGGGGCAGAAGCCGAUGCGGAACCGUCGGAAGCGGCGGACUGCGCUUCGGAAACCCGGGAUGAGGAACCGGAACCAAAAGAUGAGAAAGUUCCGAGCAAUGGCCGUGUCGAAGAGAAGCCUGAAGCGGAGCAGGGGGACAGGUCCGAGGAACGGUCUGACAGCCAGGUGGAGAGGACCACCCCCGGAGAGACCGAAGGCUCCUCACAUGAAAAGGAGGCUAAAGGUGAUGCUGAGUCAACAGAACCUGUUGAGAGCUCUGACCUGGCUGAUGACGGCCAGUUUGAAGGCCCGGAGGGAAGUAUGGAGGAGGACUUCCCAGAGAAUAUGGAUGACUUUGUGACUCUGGAUGAGCUGGCUGAUGAAGAUGACAUGGACUCUCAGUCCAAAGGUGACUCUUCAGCAGGAAGCACAAGAAAAAAUAAGGAAAUGAGAGUUGUCAAUGUUGUCGGAUUUAAACGAGGCCAUACUCUAGUCAGUGAGCUCUUGGCUCUUGCCAAACCCUUUGGUAAAGUUGACCAACAUCUGGUGCUUGAUUUAAGGCCUGAGGCUUUUAUUCAGCUGUCUUCGGAAGAAGAGGCCAGAGCAAUGGUUCAAUUCUACAACGGAAAUGUCACACCCACCGUCUGUGGGAAAGCUGUGAGAAUAUACCAUUCACAAACAUACCCUACUAUCCAGGUAAGCAAGUGUGGGAAUAGUAGAGUGGUGUAUGUCGGCGGGAUUCCGAACUCAAAGUACUUGGAUGUGUCUAUUCUGAAGAUUGCGGAACCUUUUGGGAAAAUAAGACGUUUCUUCCUGAACAGAAUUAGAUCUGAGUGUUUUAUUGAGAUGGAGCGUGGAGAAGAUGCUGAGAAAAUGGCUGAAACCUACCGGGAAAAUCCACCAAGAUUCCAGAACAAGCGGUUGACCGUGUACAUUAGUAGGAAAUAUAAGCAACUCAAGUAUGGACACAGACCCCCUGGUGCUGCGUCAGAGGAGAAACGACCUAUCAAGAGGGAGCGUGAGGAGGGCGACGUGUCCACCAGCAGCAGUCCAGCCAAACCCACUGCCAAGCAGCAGCAGGAGGAGGAGGAGCCAGUGUUCAAGAAGUUCAAAGAGGAGAAGAGCCCUGUUUUGAAGCAGGGGCCAGAGAAAGAUGGGGAGGAGACUAGUGAUGUUUCCAGUAAAGAACAGCAGAAUGCGGAGGUCAAGAACACUGACCAACCUUCAGAAAGCUCCGAAGUACUGAAGACUCCAAUAGACUCGAGCAUCAAACUUGAAGAGGGGCCUGUGAUCCCCAUCAGUGAGAAGAAUGAAGAGAAUGGGCAGAAACCCAGCUCUCAGACACCUGUGGCUGAGACCAAACCAGCCAACGCCUCCCUCCCCUUAGAACCGUACGAUCCUACACAUCCCAUUGGUGUGGAGUUUGUGAAGAUGGGAUACUACUGCAGGGUCUGCUUUUUGUUUUACUCCAACGAGGACACGGCAAAGAAGGUGCACUGUAGUAGUCAGGCUCACUACGACAAGCUAAAGAAACACCUUGAAAAAGAGAAGACGAAAGCUUCAAGCACAACAGGGAAAAAGGUUGCUCAAUAACCUCAAUGCUUUGCAUGCAGUUGGUCAUCCUGAAGAUGAAUAACAUUUUGAGUUCUAUGUUUUUGUUGUAACCUUCAUGUAGAAGUAAACCAUUUAAGGUAAACUUGUAUGCUGUUCAAGAAAAGGUUUACUCCUCCCCCCCCCCCCAGUAUGACUGAUCCUGAAAAGUAAACAUACGAAGUAGCUUUUUUUUUUAUUAAAGAGAAUUUUAACUUGUAUUCAGGACAUUGUUUUAUAGAUGUGACAACUUGUUUUACAUUUUAUUAAUUUAGCAAAUAAAGCCACAUACAAAUUGUGUA